AUGCUUGAGCUGAAUGGACAGAUAAGAAUCUAUGAAGCAUUUUCUGCUGGUGGCAUGAAACUUGAACUGGCUGCAUAUGGGGAGCUUUCCCUGCCCAGGGACUGCUUUCUACUACCUGAGAAUAUGUUUAAGAAAGCAAUCAAAGAUAAGUAUAAUGAAAGGAUACGCAAAUACAAGACAGAGUUAACCGCAUCCCAAGUAAAGUACCUGUCAAGCUUAUUCCAGCCAACCCCAAAGUUGCGUUCAAGUGCUUUGGUGCAGUUUACUGAUUCAAAGACCACCUCUGUUGGAAGGGUGCCGUUGAUGGAAGAAGCUUUCCCAGAAAUUCAGAUGGUGGAUGAUGACAGAAUGCUGGAGUGUGUUUCUUUUCCCAGCAAGGAAGCAUUUCAUGCUGCUUGCUUUGAGCUACUUUCACAUGCAGCUCUUGACUAUUUUAUUUGCAUAGCAUGCUUACGAUGCUUGCAAGAAACAGAGGUCAAUGAAGCAAGAGUGGUGUGGGUGGAUUUGAAAAGAGAACAAGUUCUUUUUAUCAGCAUACCUUUGGAUACCUCAUCAGGGAACAAUGAAUUACCAGAUGAAGCAAUGGGCAUAUAUGAUGAAAUGACAGUCACCUGA